CUGGAUCUGGAGCCGGGUAUUCGUCACAUGUGGCGAUGGUAAUGCUUCAGUUCUCAGGUUAACAUACAGUUUUAGUGGACAGGCUGGUGUUGGAGUAACAUUUGCAUUAUUGCAGGUGAGACCACAUCGGGGAUGCUCUCAUAAUGAAUGUCAACCAGUCAGCUCCACCGGUGCCGCCAUUUGGGCAGUCACAGCCUAUCUAUCCAGGGUAUCAUCAGUCCAGCUAUGGUGGGCAACCAGGGUCUGCAGUCCCCCCUACUCCCUAUGGAGCCUAUAAUGGCCCAGUGCCAGGCUAUCAGCAAACACAUCCUCAAGGUGUGUCAAGAGCCCCACCUUCUUCAGGGGCACCUCCAGUCUCAACAGCACAGGCCCCUUGUGGCCAGGCUGCAUAUGGCCAGUUUGGCCAAGGUGAUAUACAGAAUGGGCCAAGCUCCACUGUUCAGAUGCAAAGGCUCCCUGGGUCUCAGCAGUUUGGGUCCCCACUGGCCCCUGUGGUCAGCCAGCCAGCUGUGCUUCAGCCCUAUGGUCCCCCCCCAACAAGUGCACAGGUGACUGCGCAGCUGGCUGGAAUGCAGCUCAGUGGUGCUGUGGCCCCAGCCCCUCCCCCUUCUGGGUUGGGCUAUGGCCCACCAACAUCGCUGGCCUCGGCCUCAGGAAGUUUCCCUAACUCUGGUCCUUAUGGCUCCUAUCCUCAGGGCCAGGCUUCUCCCCUUAGUCAGGCCCAAGGUCAUCCUGGAGUCCAGCCUCCCCUGCGAUCUGCCCCACCGUUGGCCUCCAGCUUCACACCUCCAGCUUCAGGGGGUCCUCGGAUGCCUUCAAUGACUGGUCCGCUCCCACCUGGACAGGGCUUUGGGGGUCCCCCAGUAAGCCAGCCCAACCAUGUAUCCUCACCUCCUGUUCAAGCUCUGCCUCCAGGAACCCAGAUGACUGGGCCCCCAGUACCACCGCCACCUAUGCACUCCCCCCAGCAGCCAGGCUAUCAGCUGCAACAAAAUGGUUCUUUUGGACCAGCCGGAGGCCCUCAGCCCAGUUAUGGGGGUCCCUACCCUGGAGCGCCCAACUUUGGCAGUCAGCCCGGGCCUCCUCAGCCACUGCCUCCUAAGCGCCUGGACCCUGAUGCCAUCCCCAGCCCUCAACUCAAUGAGCUGCCUCCACAGCAGAAAACCAGGCACAGAAUAGACCCUGAUGCCAUUCCCAGUCCCAUUCAGGUUAUUGAGGACGACAGGAACAACCGGGGUUCAGAGCCAUUUGUUACCGGUGUACGGGGCCAGGUGCCACCCUUAGUCACUACCAACUUCCUGGUGAAAGAUCAAGGGAAUGCAAGCCCCCGAUACAUCCGAUGCACAUCCUAUAAUAUCCCUUGCACAUCUGACAUGGCUAAGCAAGCUCAGGUGCCCCUGGCAGCUGUCAUCAAGCCUCUGGCAAGGUUGCCUCCAGAGGAGGCUUCACCUUAUGUCGUGGACCAUGGGGAGUCUGGCCCUCUGCGCUGUAAUCGCUGCAAAGCAUACAUGUGCCCCUUCAUGCAGUUCGUUGAGGGAGGGAGGCGUUUCCAGUGCUGCUUCUGCAGCUGUGUCAACGAUGUCCCCCCCCAGUAUUUCCAACAUCUGGAUCAUACUGGCAAACGUGUGGAUGCUUAUGACCGUCCUGAGCUGUCCCUGGGCUCUUAUGAAUUCUUGGCUACUGUCGAUUACUGCAAGAACAAUAAGUUCCCUAGCCCUCCUGCCUUUAUCUUCAUGAUUGAUGUCUCCUAUAAUGCCAUUAGGACUGGUCUUGUUAGGCUCCUCUGUGAGGAGCUCAAGUCACUCUUGGACUACUUACCUAGGGAGGGCGGGGCAGAAGAAUCAGCAAUCCGGGUUGGCUUUGUCACCUACAAUAAGGUGCUCCACUUCUACAAUGUGAAGAGCUCAUUGGCUCAGCCACAGAUGAUGGUUGUAUCUGACGUGGCUGACAUGUUUGUGCCGCUGCUGGAUGGCUUCUUGGUCAAUGUCAAUGAGUCUCGAGCAGUCAUCACCAGCUUACUGGAUCAGAUUCCAGAAAUGUUUGCAGAUACAAGGGAAACAGAGACAGUAUUUGCACCAGUUAUCCAGGCUGGGAUGGAGGCUCUGAAGGCUGCUGAGUGUGCGGGCAAGCUGUUUCUGUUCCACACAUCCCUGCCUGUGGCUGAGGCCCCAGGAAGGCUGAAGAACAGAGAUGACAGAAAGCUGAUCAACACAGAUAAGGAGAAGACUCUGUUCCAGCCUCAGACAGGUGCCUAUCAGACUCUGGCCAAAGACUGUGUGGCCCAGGGCUGCUGUGUGGACCUGUUCCUCUUCCCUAAUCAGUAUGUGGAUGUGGCCACACUCUCUGUUGUACCCCAGCUCACUGGUGGCUCUGUCUACAAAUACGCCUGUUUUCAGGUGGAGAAUGAUCAAGAACGGUUCCUGAGUGACUUGCGUCGUGACAUACAGAAGGUUGUUGGCUUUGAUGCUGUGAUGCGGGUUCGGACAAGUACUGGUAUUCGUGCUGUAGAUUUCUUUGGAGCUUUCUACAUGAGCAACACAACAGAUGUGGAGCUGGCUGGGCUGGAUGGGGACAAGACAGUGACCGUGGAGUUUAAACAUGACGAUCGGCUCAAUGAAGAGAGUGGCGCUGUCCUGCAGUGUGCCCUGCUUUAUACCAGCUGUGCAGGGCAGCGUCGGCUCCGCAUCCACAACCUGGCCCUGAACUGCUGCACCCAGUUGGCUGAUCUGUAUCGAAACUGUGAGACUGACACACUCAUCAACUACAUGGCCAAAUUUGCAUACCGUGGUGUGCUGAAUAGCCCCGUGAAGACUGUACGGGACACUCUCAUCACCCAGUGUGCCCAGAUCCUGGCUUGUUACAGAAAGAACUGUGCCAGCCCCUCUUCUGCAGGACAGUUGAUCCUUCCUGAGUGCAUGAAGCUACUCCCAGUUUACCUGAACUGUGUGUUGAAGAGUGAUGUUCUGCAGCCUGGAGCUGAAGUCACUACUGAUGACCGUGCCUAUGUCCGGCAGCUGGUUACCUCCAUGGAUGUGGCUGAGACCAAUGUCUUCUUUUACCCUCGCCUCUUACCACUGACAAAGUCUCCCAUCGAGAGUACCAGUGAACCACCAGCAGUCCGAGCAUCUGAAGAGCGUCUAAGCAAUGGCGAUAUAUAUUUGCUGGAGAAUGGGCUCAACCUCUUCCUCUGGGUGGGAGCAAGUGUCCAACAGGGCGUUGUCCAGAGCCUUUUCAAUGUCUCCUCCUUCACUCAGAUCACCAGUGGCUUGGGUGUUCUGCCAGUUCUGGAUAAUCCACUUUCCAAGAAGGUUCGAGGCCUCAUUGCUAGCUUAAGGGCACAAAGAAUGCGGUACAUGAAGCUCAUCGUGGUGAAGCAGGAGGACAAGCUGGAGAUGCUGUUCAAGCACUUCCUGGUGGAAGACAAGAGCCUGAGUGGGGGAGCAUCCUAUGUGGACUUUCUCUGUCACAUGCACAAAGAGAUUCGGCAGCUACUGAGCUAAAGCAAGUGGGUAAAUGGUAUAGGGUCCCCAGGCCAGCUUCCAGAAAGUGCCCCAGGAUGCCAGAGAAAUCGGGACAGUUCUAUAUCUUAUAAGUCAUGUAAGCUGACCUCAGUCUCUUUGUGGGGAGGGAGAGAUAUAAGGAGACACCUUCUUUCUGGGCUCAACUAUUCUGCCACUCUGUCAUGUCCUGCUGAUGGAAGGUGACCCUGUCCCCUCACUACCCUCCUUUUCCUGCUAAUCCUCUUGUAAUGAAUGUAGUCUCUCAGUUCACUGUAUAUGAUUCGGUGUUGGGGUCUGGAGGCACCCAGACUCUGGCAGUAUUGGGUCCCUGUGGACCAGCCUCUAAGAGGAAAGGACAGGCAGGGAGGGUGGUCCAGCGUUACUACUACAAGAGGUGGCUAGUUCAGCUGUGUCAUCAGCAACUUCCUAUGUUAGGGAUAAAACAUAUAGCUGCGCAAGAGCUGGGGUGCAGACUCCAAGUGGUGUAGAGAAAAAUGGUCCUUUUUGGCCCUGGAGCUCAGUAGCCAAGUCAGUUACUGAGAAUGGUUAGCUGUCUCUCUGCUUCCCAUUGCGUGCCUGCUCGCCCCGGAAUGACUGGCGAUCACCUCGUGGAUAAGAAGCACGUUGUCAGAGAUGGAUGAGCUUGGGAGCUGAAUUGCAAAGUAUAUUAACACCCGAGAGAGGUACCAACCUUCUUUCCACCUGGAGAGGCCCAACACUGGAUGGUUCUGUAGGGAGCCUGAUCAUCAACUUGCAAUACCUCACGCGGCCAGCCCACAUCCCACUCAGCUCCCACUGGAAACAUGGCGUCUCCAAACUGGGGGUUGUGGGGAGAGGCAGAGGUGGCUGGAGCCCUGUCUUGUGCCGGGACACCACUUGGCAUCAGUAUUGACUGAGUGGCUGACAGUUAUCUUCCAACCCCAACAGGCUGGGGCAGGACAAGGGCUAGGAUUGAUGGUGGUCAGGCUUGCCUGCUCCCAGCCUGGGAUGCCCCUGCUCUGGACCUCUCAUUUCUCUUCAUUGGUUUAUUUUUCAAUGCAUCUUUAAUUUGUAAAGAAAUAAAAUAAGAUGUAACCAUUAA